AUGGCGGAAACAAUCCCCACCUCCAAGCCCUAUGACGUCAUCAUCUUCGGCGCCUCCGGCUUCACCGGAAAGUACGUCCUCCGUGAAGCCCUCAAAUUCCUCGGUGCCCCCAACUCGCCCCUCAAAUCCCUAGCCCUGGCGGGCCGCAGCCCGUCGCGGCUAUCCGAUGCGCUCAAAUGGGCCGCCGGCCCAAACCCACCUCCCAAGAUCCCCCUCCUCACGGCCGACACCUCGGACCGGAGCUCUCUCGCCCGCAUCGCGGCCCAGGCGAGGAUCUUGCUGAACUGCGUUGGCCCGUUCCGGCUCUACGGCGAGCCCGUCGUUGCGUCCUGCGUCGAAUCGGGCUGCGAUUACCUUGACAUCUGUGGCGAGCCCGAGUUUAUGGAGAGGAUGGAGGCUUCGUACCAUGAGAAGGCGGCGGAGAAGGGCUCGUUGGUCGUCUCGGCUUGUGGGUUUGACUCUGUGCCGGCGGAGAUCGGGCUGCUGUUUCAUACCAGGCACUGGACUGGUUCGUCCGUUCCGUACCGGGUGGAGGCGUAUUUGAGCUUGGAGUCGGAUAAGAAACUUGUGGGGAAUUUCGGAACUUAUGAGUCGGCAGUUCUUGGGGUUGCUAAUGCGGAUAAACUUGUUGAAUUUAGAAGGUCUCGACCAAAAAGGGCCCGGCCCGUGAUUCCGGGCCCCCCACCUGGCAAAGGCUCCAUGAUUGAGCACCAUAAGGAGCUCAGCCUUUGGGGUCUUAGGCUACCAUCAGCAGAUUCCAUAGUCGUGCGAAGAACUUUAUCCACUCUUACAGAAAACCCACACGGGCUACCUGGUAUUCACGAAACUGAUGAUAGCCGAAAAAAAAGGGAGGCCUUUUGGUCGUCUGUCAAGCCAGCUCAUUUUGGCGUGAAAUUGGGUUCAAAAUCACUGCUCGGUUUCUUUCCAACUAUCAUGCUCGGGAUAUUCCUGGCGAUUUUAAGCAAAUUUGCGAUCGGGAGAUGGCUUCUUUUGAAAUUCCCAUCGUUUUUCAGCCUGGGGUGGUUUAGGAAAGAAGGGCCUUCUGAGGAUGAAGUCGAAAGUGCCACGUUUAAGAUGUGGUUUGUUGGGAAAGGAUUUUCUGACAGUAGUCUUGCAACACAGGGAAAUAAAAAACCUGAUACUGAAAUUAUUACAAGGGUAAUGGGGCCCGAGAUAGGAUAUCUGACGACUCCUAUAAUUCUUGUUCAGUGUGCGCUCGUUUUAUUGAAGGAGCGUGAGGAUCUGCCUAAAGGAGGGGUUUUUACACCUGGGAUUGUGUUUGGGCCCACGGAACUGGAAAAGGGGCUGCAAGAGAACGGGAUAGCCUUCGAUCUCAUUUCGAAGAAAACUCUUUCAGCUUGA